AUGGCCGUAAUCGAUACCCAUGCCGUCGAUGCCGGCCACGAGAAUGAGACUUCUGAGAUAGGAGCUUUGGGGCGCCUUUCACGUCCUCAAGAAGAGGCAUCUCCACCUCUAGCCGUCCUUCCUUUGACCAUGGUGAUCCGCUCCCUCGUCAUCUCAUCCAUCUCCUCCUCUCGGCUCCUCCUACCACCCUCCCUCUCCCUCAUGUCUCUCCUUGCAUCCACCCACAUCUCCCUUCUGAACCCGGACAAGAACCCGGUGCUUCGAUUCUUCAUCAAAAAGACGUUCUACGCCCAAUUUUGCGCCGGGGCCACCUACGCAGAGGCCGAGCGCACCAUCGACAGCCUCAAGGAACUGGGAUUUAGCGGUGUUAUUCUCGGCUAUGCCCGGGAGAUUGUCUUGACCGACCAGCAACUCGCGGCUCUCUCCUCUUGCGACGGCCCAAACGUAGAGGAGUGCGUCAGAACCGAGAUAACGCCGUGGAAGCAAGGCACGAUUGACACAGUCAACCUGGCGAAGCCCGGCGACUUUGUUGCUCUCAAGUUUACUGGAGCAGGCCGACUUGCCAUGGCCGAUCUUAAAACUAGAUCGCCCCCUUCGCCUGCUCUCGCUAGCGCAAUAGACUCCAUCUGCGAGCGCGCAGUCUCUCGCGGUGUCCGACUCCUCUUCGAUGCUGAGCAAGCCGGCAUACAGCCAGGAAUCGACGACUGGACACUCUCGUACAUGCGCAAAUACAAUACCGAUCCGGGCCACGCUUACAUUUACGGUACUUACCAGGCCUACCUCAAGUCCGCGCCCAAGACCUUGGCCACUCACCUAAAAGCGGCCGAGGCCGAUUCCUUCACUCUUGGUGUCAAGCUUGUUCGCGGCGCGUAUCUCGGGUCGGACCCCCGCCACUUGAUUCACGAUACCAAGGCCAACACCGAUGCCUGCUACGAUGGCAUCGCCGAGAGCGCCCGAGAAAUCAGUGAGAACGAGGGUGCCAAGACGGAGGUUUCGUUUGCGCAAUUAAUGGGCAUGGCGGACGAGGUUAGCUGCGAGCUUCUUCCCACGGCGGGGAAGACGGGCCUCGCUUCUGUUCCGGACCGACGGGGCGUGCAGGCGUACAAAUACCUAGUAUGGGGGUCCACGGGCGAAUGCAUGAAGUAUCUUUUGCGCCGCGCAUACGAGAACCGCGACGCCGUGCAGAGGACAAAGGCGGGCAGGGAUGCGAUGUGGGUUGAGCUUGUCAGGAGGUUCAAGAUGGCGUUUGGGAUUGCGUGA